AUGUGUGACGUGAUCGUGAAGAUCGUUUGGGCACUGUUAACUGCCACCUUGGUGUUAACCCAGACCCAUGCGCAGACUGUAUCAAAAGAUGAAUGCGCGACGGGCGUUCAUGCCAUUAUCGCCAGGGGGGAAGGCGGGGGCGAUGAUCUGAAUGUGCUGAGCACUCUUUCAGACCUGAUCCUGAAGCAGAUCCCCGGCUCGACAACCCUCGGCUUACCCUACGAUCAUGAAAACGUCUUAACUAACUCUGCCAAACUACACACGGUUCACGACGGUGCAGUUCUGAUGCAACAGUUUGUGCAGGAGUACAGCGAAAGUUGCCCACAAACUAAGAUUGUGGUAGUGGGAUAUUCAAUGGGAGCAGUUCUCAUGAUGGAUUCUCUGUGUGGAACUAGUGAGAUUGGAUUAUUCUUCGUCGCCCCUCUUGCGCGGUUCUACAACUCGACUAUUAUAGCUGCGAUUGCGUAUGGUGAUGAAACAUACAUUCCUGGCAUGCCGUGGAAUCUGGCUAUUGUGAUUACGGUGUUUCCCAAUGCUGCUCACCAUACCCAGAAGACCACAAUGCAGCACACCACACUUACAUAUGGAAGUACAAUGAGGACGUCGUGGACUUCAUCAAACACCGUCUGGAUAAUUAUGCCCGCUUGA